UAAUGUGCUAAGAUUGUAACUGGAAGUAUCAAGUUUGUGUACACGGGUAAUUUUGCAGAUUUAAUCCAACAAGAGGCGCUAGUUAGCUAACAUAGCCAGCUAAAUACUUCAUUUUGUUGUUACCGAGGCGGAGUUGCUUUUCAUAGCGAGCAACAUGCCGGAAUAUCUGGAGGACCCGUCUGUUCUCACCAAAGAUAAACUCAAGAGCGAGCUUUUGGCCAACAAUGUUGCUCUCCCAACCGGAGACCAGCGAAAAGAAGUUUAUGUGCGUCUGUAUCUGAAAAACUUGACCGUGCAGAACAACAAGAUCCUAUCUACAGACGCCUUCUCCAGCGACGAGGAGUUGCUUGUCCCGGUAGUGUCAAACAAAAGUCGCUCGGGCAGGAAAGCCACGAGGAAAACAGACAAGCCUCGACCAGAGGACCUGGAUGUGACUGAGCUGACCAGUGAGGGCCUGAAGGAUGAGUUGCUCAAGUAUGGAAUCAACGUAGGACCCAUCGUGGCCUCAACCCGUAAGCUGUAUGAGAGAAGGCUCCAGAAGCUGUUGGACCAGGGUCCUCCUGAGACCGUGGCUUUACCGGUGGUCAUCACUCAGGUAGACAGCAACGGCAACUCUGACUCAGACCGCUACAGCGACAAGGAAGAAGAGGUGACUACAGAACCAGAGCCUGUCUCUGUGGUGGAGAGACCUGUCAGAAGCAGAGGGAAGACCCCAGUCACCACCAGGACCCGCAACAGCCAGCACAACCGGAUCUAUGCUCCGGAGGAGGAGGAGGAGGAUGAUGAUGAUCUUGAGGAAGAACAUCCUGUGUUGAACAUAAAGAGACCAUUGAGGAGAUCAUCUCAUAGAGUCGACCAGAUGGUCCCUGCAAGCGAUGAUACUGAUGUCUCUGAGCUAUCAGCUGGUGAGGGAGUUCUUCACCCUCCAAGAGAGGCAAAGACCAAGGCACCUCUGCUUCUGGAAGUCCUUAAGGAACCUAAGCCUAUAUUGGCAGAGAAGCCAAGCUCUAAGUCCACUCCCUUACUGCAUGGCCUAGCCCAUGCCCAGUCCACUAGGACUAUCCAUCAGGUUGUCCUAACAGCCAGGGCCGAGUCUCCAUCACCCAGACUGACUCAGCUGUGCUGUGAGGAGGAUGGUGGUCUUCCUCUCACUCUGACUACGAAAGCUCCCAGUCGUGAGCUAAACACCCUACUCAAUACAGCUCUUUUAGAGGAUCCUGCACCAAGUAUCCAUGCUCCAGUAGGACAGAGCAUAAGACCCCUGAAACAAUGGCCUGUGGGGGUACCACAGGAAGUCCGCCCGCUCCAAGUAGCCAACUCUUCCCCACUACCUCGUUUGUCUGGAAAUGACCCCUUGGCCUCCUUCACAGUCAGGCCUCAGGAUCAGCUUAAGUCUAAAAAUGACCUCGAACCUAAGUGGAAACAGCAGAAAAACACCCCCUUCCUCUCCUCUGUGACCCCAGUGAGGGGGCAGGACAGUGUCUCCUCGAGUAUCUCUAAGGAGCCAUGGGUGGAGAAGAUAGCAGCUGGUGAGCAGACACCCAACAGGGUGUAUGAGAAGGAUAUCCUGAAGGAGAUGUUCCCCUACGAGACCAACACUCCAACAGGAAUCAACGCCACCUGUCGACGGCCCAUCCGAGGGGCAGCCGGCAGGCCCCUAAAGUCUGGUGACCUGUGGACAGAUGAGACCCUCCUGCGCUCCUCUCACUCUUCCUACACAGAGAGCCGCACCGCCACCGUCCACAGAGUCCCCACCCUGCCCCCCUCUACCAGGCUGUUAACGUCAGUGGCACCCCCUGCUGGAAAGGCCAUAGCACCACCCCAUGGCCUGCCUGUCUGGCUGAAGCUGCUGCUCCUCGGCAUUGUAGCUGGCUUCAUAUUCUUCAUCUACCAGACCAUGGAGACCAACGCUAUGGCCCCCUUCGGAGCGUCCUCAGAUUCCAUGCAGACCAGUGGCAGUGAGGUCCGCAAGUGAAGCCUGGAAGACUGUGCUCUGGCAGCAUAAUGUUACUGCCACCACUUUCAUCGUUCCUCACUUCCUUGGCAUUUUUGUUUUUUUCCCCCUGUUUCCGUCACUCAUAAUUGGUUAAAUGGUCUGGUACGGGAGCCUAAUCUGUAUCGAUGCCUCCUGAAGACGACAAUGUCCAAAAUGAUAUAUUGAACGUUGAAGAUGACCACCACUUCUCAUUCUAAAAAUGACAAUACUGUCUUCUGUUUGUUUAAGUCCGUCCUUUCCCCAUCUGUGAGGCUGAGAGAAAGCCAGUCACACCAAUGAUCUCCAGAGAACGUACAUACACCGAAACAGUGGCUUCCAAAUUAUGUGAACUUGCCUUAUGUGGUCUAUGUUUUAGUUUUACAUCUCUGCAUGGUGUAAUCAUAUGAUUGCAUUUGCUGGAGUCUUUGAAAGAGAAUUGCCUGUGUGCGUGUCUGUGUUUAACACGGUUUGCUUUUGUAAUGCUGUCACCAUAAUCUAAUGCAGUUAUUAGCAAAGAAAACAGUCAGGCAAAGACUGAAGGAAUUUCAACCAAUUGUAUUCAGAUAUUUCUUGAUCGAACCAUGUAUACAGCGGGUAUGUGUGUGAGAUGGGGAUUCUUAAAACUCAUGCACACACAUAGCUCUUAUGUCUUUUUUUUUUAUUGAAAUUGUCUGUGGAGCCUAAUUAGUCAUGUAUGUAUUCAUUGUAAUAAAUAAUGUAAUAUCCUCUCAAUAAAACUGUAAUAUGUAAGGAUAA